AUAGUUUUUUUGUUUUGUUUACGAUCGGCAAUAGCCAUAAGGCUGAAAUGGGCGGUGGUAUAUAAGACUAUUUCGUAAGCCAUUAGGUUGUAUUAUUGAAGGAUGUUUGGGUUUAAGUGUUUGGCACUCGUCAAAAGCAGAUGAUUUUUAACGUUCUUCUCCAGUGCCAAAAUAAUAGCAAAGGGAGAUUUUUUUUUAAACGUACAAUUAUAGAUGAGAUCGAUGUGGGGAAAGGAAAAAAAUAAUAAUAAUAAUCUAAGAAGUAAUAAAUAAAUGGAAUAUGUCGCGUUCGGUCUGGAUUGAGCAGCUGUUUGCCGAUCGUGUUGCAAUGGCUUUUAUCAAAAGUUGUCAAAUUGGACGAUUCCUCAUAAAUAUUUGUUAUCGUGAUUUGUUCUUAGGAUCUACCGUGAGAACAACUGCCAUCGCGACAGCGAAUUUAUCGAAAUGCAGACUGUGAGAUAUUGCGCUUAAAAUAAAAAGGAUUAUGAAGACAGACAUCGUUUAACUGGAUCCUGCAUGGGAAUGGCUGUUUGUAGCCUCGACAGCAAGUAGAAAUUGGCGGGCACACAGGUCGAAAGAAACAAUCCAAACUGCAGCGCAGACGCUGACGCUCUCCUUGGCUGCUUGCGACUGUCUUCCACCAACUAGAUCCCCCUUAGCUUAUACUAUACCGUGGUCGCGUGUGUCUCUCUUUCACACCUUAACCCACUCACGUCACAAACGGGUGGCUACAUUGUUACACGUUCAACUGCCGACGAUCAAAUCUUUUAACAUUCAUUCUCAGGUGUCACGAACUGAUUUAAUUACUAAUGUGCACGUCAUCACUGUGGAGCAGCGAGAAUAAGGCGAUUUGAACGGCACUAUUUCGGCCUUUUCAAAGCCUACGCAUCCGCCGUGUAGCAAUAACGCUUGUCCGCUUUCACAUCAAUAAAGGCUGUUGUGUUUCAAAGUUUCGGAAAAGAAAAUUGUUGCGGGAGAACCGAUAGAUGAUCAAGCGAAGCAACCUGUUUCCGUAACACGUUUUGCCUCAAUGGAUGUGCGCGUCUACAACCGAGUGCCGGCGAUGAUCGUGAACUUGCGAUUUAUCCAGUGGGUUACGGCUCUGCUCGUUAUAUUCCGCCUCGCUCCUGGAACGGAAGGGAUCCAGUUGCUGCAGGUAUCUGUACCCAGCGUGAUUCAAGCGGGAGAAGGAGCGGCUCUGCUAUGCGACGUCGACAUGGAGAACGAGCGGCUCUAUUCCGUCAAAUGGUACAAAGACGACGAGCUGCAAUCGGUCGAGUUCUUCCGGUUCGUCCCACGAGAAACACCGCAGUUGAUCGUCUACGAUUUGCCCGGCAUUAAUGUCAACAAAACCUUGUCAGACUGGCAACGCGUUUACCUGUCCCGCGUCAGUUUGGCUAGCAGCGGCCAUUACAGAUGCGAGGUAUCUGCUGAAGGGCCAAGCUUUUCCUCGGUCAGCGGUGGCGGUCACAUGGAGGUGGUAGUGCUGCCGAAAAAACGGCCAACCAUCACAGGGGGAAAGAGUAGUUACAGAGCCGGCGAUUUAGUCGACGUCAACUGCACCUCGGCCGCCUCGAAACCGGCAGCCAACAUCCGCUGGUUCAUCAACGAAAGAAAGGCCAAUGCCAAUUAUAUUCGGCAAUAUAAAGCCGUUUUCGGUGACGACGGGUUAGAGACGACCGUGCUCGGCUUAACUUUCGAAGUUCACGAAAGCCAUUUGCAAAACGAAGGCAAACUAACGCUGCGCUGUGUGGCUUCCGUCAACUCGAUACCGUCGGACAGCAGCUCUCAUCACAACCAGUACCUCAGUAACAACAACAAUCCACCGCCGGCAGCCUCCAGCACGGCAUCGCUGGGCGGCUACGAGGUGAACGCGGGCAGGACGAGCUCGCCGGAACAUUUCUACAACCCGUUGAUUAUAGAAACGAUGUCGAUGGUCUCAGAAGUUCGCUUCGAAGCGUCUAGUGCGUCACCAUUGUCGAUUCAGUUUGGUUCGCGCUGCUGGAUGAGCCUCAUUUGCGUGCUGCUGGCAUCGAUGGCUAAUGGAAUUGUUCGCCUACCUGGCUCCCUACAGGAGAUCUUCUAGCGCAUCGUAAACCCCCCAAAAAAAACAGCACUUGUUUUUCAUCAGAAAUUGUUUUGUUUUUCCUUGAAACUGCCUUGUUUUUGGCAUUUGUUCUUGGUGGUUAGCCCUGGAUCUCACGCGUAUAUACUUUUAGAAAUGCAUCAUAUCUGUUCACUCUCUCUCUCUCUCUCCCUCUCUCUAUACCAUCUCGAUUCACAAUCGUAUGCAUCUGCUCUAUUUUACAUUCACGGUUUUUAUCCUGUUCGUGAUCGUCUCUAGCCUUCUCCCGUCUCUCUCCC